GUUGUGUGACCAGUGACUACGGGGCCUGACUCAACUUUUUGCUCGUCAUUCGUACAGUUUACAGCGUAUUCAACCUUUUCCUAAAUCUACAAACAUGGGUGACGAUGAAGAAAAGUAUGACGGCAUGUUGCUCGUUAUGGCGCAGCAACACGAAGGAGGGAUCCAAGAGUUGGUGAACACAUUUUUCAGCUUCCUCCGUCGCAAAACCGAUUUCUUCACCGGCGGUGAAACAGGUGCAGCCGAGCUGCUCGUCAAAGAUGCCCUCGCCCACCACAGUCAGCUGGCGCUGAAGUCCCACAAAGAGAAGCGGGCGAAACAGGAGAAAGACAAGAAAGAGAAAAUUGAACGAGCGGCCAAGCUCGCGGAGGAAAAAGAAAAAAAGAAAACCGAAGAGGGUCCCAAAAUUCAGGAACUGACCGAUGAAGAAGCAGAGAAACUUCAGUCUGAACUUGACACGAAAGAGGAGAAAAAGAAGACUGCAACAACAAAUGCAGAUAAGGCACCUGACAAAGUAGAAAAAGAGAAGGGGUCUGAGUCGGAGGGAGAGGAGGAUGAGAAGGACAAAGAUAAACUGAAGCCCAACGCAGAAAACGGAUCAGACCUACCAAACUACAAGUGGAUUCAAUCCCUGUCUGAAGUUGACCUGAGCGUGCCUUUCGACGUGAAGUUCCGCAUUAAGGGGAAAGACGUAGUGGUGGACAUCCAUAGACGCUCCAUCAAGGUCGGCCUGAAGGGACACCCCCCCAUUAUUGAAGGCGAGCUCUACAACGAGGUGAAGGUCGAGGAGAGCUCCUGGCUCAUCGACGAUGGCAAAGUUAUUACUGUCCACUUGGAAAAGAUUAAUAAAAUGGAGUGGUGGAGUAAAAUUAUUACCACAGAUCCAGAAAUAAACACCAAGAAAGUCUGUCCAGAAAACUCCAAGCUGUCAGAUCUGGACGGAGAGACGCGCGGUAUGGUGGAGAAGAUGAUGUAUGACCAGAGGCAGAAAUCAAUGGGCCUGCCGACGUCCGAGGAGCAGAAGAAACAAGACAUUCUUAAGAAGUUCAUGUCCCAGCACCCAGAGAUGGAUUUCUCGAAAGCCAAGUUCAGCUGAGACCUUCUGGAGAAUCCAUCACCGCGACUCGCGUGCAUCGUAUCCGAGCCGGCCGUCUGUUCUCCCCACGAAGGUCGUGUGGACUUCACGUGACGGACGUGCAUCGUUGUCUCAAAAUUAGGUCGAUUACUGAAAUGCUCCCGUUCUCCCUUUUGCAUGUCGUCUCAAUAUUUAAAGAUAUGUCUGGAUUUUUUUUCUUUUCUUUUUAAAAAUAAAUAAAUACAAAGUCAAA